UUGAUGGACGAUUUAACUCGCACGAUUAUUGAUGAUCUCGGACAAAAGUCGACCUUCUUUUGUCCACGAACGCCUUCCUUACCCUAAUACAGCUUCUAAUGGCAUUCACAUCACGACCUCCGCACGGCUUCGCAGUCGUAUGAUUCUACACCAGGGACCGGAUGCACAUACUAUACAGCUAUGACCGAGAGACAUGGACCAUGUCUCCCCCCUCCGCCAGGGACUCACUCCAUCACACUACACACCUAAUAUCUCCUCCCCCUCGAGUCCCAUCCCCUAAUCCAAUCACAUCAAAAGAAAGACCUAAUCCAGUAUACCGCGAGACUCUCCGUUCAGACCAACACACCAUCCGUCACGCGACCCAGAGCACUCCUUCACGGUCGAUCGAUCGACCCUUGUUUGUCCCCUCACUCAUUCAAAACCCACAAACCAAGACCCUCGUUUCCGAUUGCAUACACAACUCGUUUCCGCACUCCUAUUUCCUUUAUCAGUACAGUCUAACUCAUUCACCAGUCUCAUUUUGUCAUUAUGUUAUUACACGGCAUGUACUUGUCCCACCAUUCGUUGUUUGCCUGUUAUUGACGUCUGUAUCUGUCCUUCUUUCUCUCUAUCUGUCUGUCUCUUUUUCUAUUCCUUUUCUGUUUGUCCUAUAUAUCAAAGUCACAGCAAGAACAACACUGUUAUCCCUGAUACCCCUUCCCUUUUGUCUACCACGGUGUGUGUCUAAACAAUUUCAUAUCUAUCUGUCUGUGUAUCUAUCCUUCUCUCUUGUUGCCCGAAGGGGAUUAGAAGGAAAAGAAAACAAUGAAAAAAAAAAAAAACAUUGAAGGACCAGUUUUGCAUUCUGGUGGGGAGCUAGGAGAAUAGUAUGCAGUAGUACGCGGAAUGUCACCCCUGAAGUAGAGUAGUAUGCGUUUGUCAAAGACGCUUGGACCUUACGGAGCUUUCAGGUAGUAUAUAUUACAUAAAAUUCCGGCAAGUUCGGUUCUAGAAGGAUUCUAGAACGGUCAAAUUUGUGGGUGAUACUGUUGAUUGAAUGUUUAUUUAUUUUAUUUUAUUUUUUUUUCUUGCUUUCUUGAGCAUCUAGCACCAGCACCCCAGGUGCUGGUGACA